UUCAUUGGUUUUACUACUGUACUUUCUUCCUCACAUUAAUGGCUAUGUUUGUCAGCAUCUUCCUCAUCCUCACUGGUCUCACAGGUAUUCACAGUAUAAGUACAGUCAGUUAUGUAACGGUGGAAAAAGGAGGUUCCAUCUCUAUCCCAUGUUUCUACGAGUCAAAGUACACAGACAAUGUGAAAUAUCUGUGUAAAGGAUGUAAGUGGAGUGGCUGCACAUAUGAAGUUAAAACAAAUCAGUACAAUUCAACAAAGUAUUGGGUCUCUGACGACCAAAACCAAGGAGUUGUUACCUGGACUAUUAAUGACCUGAACGAGGGGGACAAAGGUUGUUACUGGUGUGUCAUGGAGAUGAACCAGGGACCUGAUGAUGGAAAUUGUUUUAUUGUUUUUGUCACUGGAAAAGGUGGUGCCUUGCUCUAUGUGGAUUCUCAGAAGGUGACAGGGUUUAUUGGAGACCAAAUAACCAUCGACUGUCACUAUAGAAGAUCUAAACAAAUAAAGUGGUGCAGGACUGGUGGUGAAGGACCCACAUCCUGUGUAACAAACUCUGGGUGGAUAAAAGAGACAAAGGUGACUAUUAACAGAAAUACCCCUGGUGUUAUUACUGUGACUAUGAGUGAACUGAGGGAGAGGAGCAGUGGUUGGUAUUGGUGCACUGAUGAAGACCUGCAGAUGCCGGUGCAUGUAACCAUUAAAGAGAGACCUACCACCACAAUUGCAACGACAACAACAACAACAACAACCAGACAGUCAAUGACCAUAUCAUCCUCUACCAAACCUGUCAAUCACACAUAUGUGAGUCAAGAACCGACCACAGAACAAACUGGAACACACAGCAGCUCAUCCAAUCAUCUGCUGAGUUUCAUCAUUCCUUUGUGUUUGCUGCUGCUGAUUGUAACGGUGGCCGUACUCACCUGGUUCAUGUUGAAAAGACGCAAAUCCCCAGCCACAGCUGAGGAUGAACAGACAGUAACAUACAGUACUGUGGCACAUGUGAGAAAAACCACAGCCCAGUGUGAAGAGGAUGUAACAUACUGCAAUGUUACAAACAGAAAAUCAACUUCAGGCCAGGUUGAAGCGAUAGAUGUCAGGGUGACCUACAGUACACUGGCUCUGCAGCGAUGACUUUCAAGUUUCCUGUCAAAUAUUUUAACCUUUUAUCAGGCAAGUGACUGUUCUGAUCAUUUCCACUCACAUUACAAGACAGCAACAGUUCCAGUGAGGACAGCCAGUCAACAGUCUCAGGUCCAAUGUGGUCUACAGGGU